AUGGUUGCAUUAAAGAAACUUUUCUUAGCAGAAAAGUAUCCAUCUCGACCCGUGACCAGCCUUGGAUUCGAAGGCAGCGCAAUGAGAGAUCCUUACUUUCAUAUGACGGUUGACUCGCCUGCGCGAAGCCAUUUUGGAGACUUUCCUUCAAGCGCUUCACAGUCACUAGAUGUGGCUCACCACUUCGACCAGAUCGAGAAACAAUUCGAAGAUCUGCAUGAUUCUCUUCAGCGGCCCACCUCCGUUGAAUCAGAAUUGCCGCCUUUGGGUGACACUAAUUUGACAGCCGUCAAACCCCAGAAUGGACGUCAUAUUGAUCUGAUGGAUGCUUUAAAUUAUUCGGAACGCCCUCAGACAAUCAAAUCGGAGCCAUUGUCCCCACUAGCUGGCCCAUACAAUGAAGAUGUUGCUGAACGGAAUAUGACGAGGUUUCUUCGGAUUCAAUACAGAAAUGGAGUCGCAAGUUCACGGAUUCUUGCUGCACUAUACCAAGAGGAUGUAGCAGACCGAAAUAUUGCGAAAUAUAAUAAGGACACUCGCACCUCGUCGAAUUUGAGCUCCCAGUCAUCUCCAGCUGCGCCUGGAAGAGUGCGUAUCCCAGACGGCGUACGACGCAAGUUCAGGAAGCGUAACCCUGGCAAGCCAUCAUGGGCAUCAGCAGAGAACCUACGAACAAGAAAGCACUCUCGGGAUGAUGGCUCAGGCACUACAUCUCAAGAAAAAUCCAACCAACACCUUCGACACCAAAGAUCAGCACCUAGUCUCUCAGCAGACGAAGGCUUCGUGCCACAGGAGAAUGCUCCACCCAGCCCUGUUCAGCGCUUGGGUGUCCCUCCUGCCUAUAAGCUUGGCAAGAGAUGGAGCAAUACACCGCUCCCAGACAGCCCGACAAUUCCGGUCCCUAUGGGCGAAAGUGACGGUGCUGCCGAGGCUCCUUCGGUGCCUCGAUCGCCUGCUGUAAUCAGUCGCCGCUCAUCUGCGACGUCAGGAUCAUGUUCUCCAACACUCUCCCCACCAGUGCCAGGCUCCAAGAAAAACGUUCGAGAUCUUUCAAUCAACACAAAAUUAGCUUCGAAAGGACGACCAAAGAUUGGACACCGUGCCAUUCAACCGCCAACCCCAUCAACCGGCAGUAUGAAGCGAGCUCCCAGCAUUGCAGAAGUUAUGAACAGCCCACUGCCCGUUCCAACACCUGCCAGUCCCCCCAAAGAAUCACCGCGCUUGAAAGCCUCGGAAUUGAUGGACUUGUUUAGCAAAGCUUUCACCUCGAUUCCAGGUAACCACCCAACUUACGAAACUUUACAAGAUGCCAUUGUACGCGAGAUCAACUCUCACGAAGCAUUCCGUCGUGUCCCUGUGCCGGUUCCCGGACCUCCAUUCACACCUACCCCAGGAAAUGACAGAUUCGCUGGUCCCAACCACGAACCAGGACUCCUUAGCCGAAAUGCCUCGGCCAAGGGCCGCCUGGCAAGCAAGGGUUCAUUCACUAAACAUAAGCGCAACUCCGAGUCCCGCCGUAGCAUCUCAUCUAGUGUCGGCUACGACAAGAUUCGACGAAAGGUGGCUGGCUCUCCGGCCCGUCGUCACACCGACGCCCCUCCUCCAACCCCGGGCUUCCUCGCUGAUGCCAAAACUCAAGAAUCCAUUGCCCCACGUCUCGCCGCCGGCGAAACGAUUACCUAUAUGGAUGUUCUGCGUGCAAGCAGCGAGGGCCCUACGUCAUCCCACGGCUUCAAGGUUCCCGCUGCCUCUCGCAAGCGUGGUCGUUCAGAGUCCGCUGGAAAUCUUGCCACCUUGGCUCGCACUGUUCCAGAUGCACCUAGCACCCCGGGCACGAUCUACUGCAUGCAAGCACAUUCCACUCCAUCGACCAGUGAAUCGCAGGAAGAAAGCGAUGACGAUGAUAUCAUCCAGCUCCCCAGCGUGAACAUGUCCCCUCCUCGCGUGCAGAUCGAAGGUGUAGAUGAACCAAAUGUACGAUAUGUGAUUGACGGUGCCUCUAAUGAUGACCCGAAGCUCAUGCACUGGCCACCGCGUUCUGGGCGAUUCAACCGCAAUUCCUAUGGGAAUAGCCUCUCGCCAUCGUCCCCUGUACGAAUGCAGAUCCGAGGCUCUCGCUCUGUUGAGGCUUACUAG